AUGCCCUAAAUGUCUCAGACAGAGACAGAAACAUUCUCCUCAUUUCUGUCUGUUCCGCGAGAGCGAGAACCUUGUUGUCUUCCAUGUUGAUUUCUUGUGACCAAAUUUUUAGACGAUUUUUCCUAGCGACCCUCGAGUUGAGACCUGUUUAUAUCUGAGUUUAUGUUAUUAUAGGAUUAUAUACUGGUGAUCGUAGCUACAACCACUCUCUACAGGCACUCUAAAUAUAAGCAAUGAUAAUAACGAAGCUAAACUUCAACCACGUAUUGUGUGAUUAGGUUAAAUUAUAUUUCAUACCUUGACCCGAAUAAGAAAUUUAACUAUGCCUCCAAAAAAAGGUGGAAAUACUACAAAAACAAAUAAAAUUAAAGCUGUAGAUGGUAAUAGCGGCAAAGAAGAAAAGAAAGGAGGAAAUGCUGUGAAGGUUAGACACAUACUCUGUGAAAAACAAUCAAAAAUUCUGGAAGCAUUGGAAAAGUUGAAAGCAGGGGGAAAAUUUAAUGAAAUUGCUGCUACAUAUAGUGAAGAUAAAGCAAGAUCUGGGGGUGACCUUGGGUGGAUGCCUAGAGGAUCAAUGGUUGGGCCCUUUCAAGAAGCUGCAUUUGCAUUACCAAUCUCUUCUAUUAGUUCUCCAAUCUACACAGAUCCACCAGUCAAAUCAAAAUUUGGUUAUCAUAUUAUAAUGGUAGAAGGCUACAGAUUUUUAUGCAAAUUACCUGGAAAUAAUUUUUGAGAAUAUUAUGAAGAAAAUAAAACCGUGGUUGACAAUUCUUUUAUGUACCAAAUAAUAUGAAAAGCACUGUGCUUUGAAUAUUUUAUAUAUUCUGUCAUAUUGUGUGCAUUCUGUACAAAUUUGGAGUUUCAAAUUUCCCAUCAAUACAUAAAAAUUCGCAGUUUAGUAGUGUCAUACUACAACAAUAAAAUACAUAACACUUUAUAUAUGGAACAAAAGAGGCAACUGUAUUUCUUUAUUUUAAUAAAUAGGUAAUAUGUA